UGUCUCUGCUGGUCCUGUUGUAAGAGAAUAUUCACAAACACCACCAAAUACGCACACAUACCCCAAAGCUCCCCCCAAAAGUGACAAAUAGGAGGCUUCCAUCUGCAUUCCAAUUCCGUCCGCUCUGUGUCUGGGGAUGUUCAGCAUUCUUUAUCAUAAGGCCUUCCGGGAUCAGAUUUGCCCAAAACGGCCAAGUGUGUAGGUUGAUCACGAGUACAAUAUUAGACAGCCCUGGCCACUUUUGGGCUCCACGUGACCCAGAAAAAGAAGCAGAGGAGAGCAGCGCUUCUCCAAGACUCGCGAGUUGUGCGUGGGCUUCAGCAGGCCAGACAACUGGACGCCUCCCUGGAUCGCCUUGUCCCGGAGGUGGGAAAUGUCAAAUGCACUCAUGGGAAGGGGCUGCCUUCACCCCACUCUCCUCAUGGUUGGAGACGGUCUUCUGGUAUCUCUUGGAACGUAUCCCUCCUAAAGUCCUCCAUUUGAUCCCAUGAUUUAAUUUUGAUCCUGUCACUUCUCCCAGGUGUCACUUGGAGAGUGGAUAAUCUCACCAAACCUUAGUCACUUUCCCUGUUGCUGCCCUCUCUGAUCACUCACCCUUGCCUUCUGCCUCAGAGUGGGCCCCCUUUUGUGUGGUGACAGGAACAAUGCGCCCUGAUUAAAAACCCUCCGUGCUCCUUUGGGGGUCCUCUUUAUUUUCAGGUUGACACUUCUUUUUCCCCAACCUAUUCUUCCCUUUCCCUGAGUCUUUGUUCCUCCUUCAGUUUGAUUCAAUUAGACCCUGACAGAUCAAGCACACACGUGCCAACACCACAAAAGACUAGCCAGGCUCUAGAAUUGUCCUGCAAACACUUCCCAGAAUCCAUUGCCCUUUGGGAAUAUUCUCUGGAACUCUGAGGAACUUUUGGUCUGACCCAAGAUGUAGCUAAGUCUGUUAGAAGAAUGGACUACUUGGCACCAUCCGGUUAUACUGUGCAACUAUUUUGGAAAGAUUUCCCAUAAGUGAAAUUUCUAAAAAUGCUGAAGGCAUGAGAAAAAAAGGAACAACUGUUGAACUCAAGUUGCUGAUUGAAGCUGACUAAGCUGAUCUAGUCCAGGUUCCAGACCCAUGAAUUUCCAAAGCUGCGCAGUCCCAGCCUCUACUGGACAAACUCUCAGCUCUCCCCCUCUCUGGAUACCAGGGCUUUGUCCAUGGUCUUGGGUUGUUCUGCAGAACAGCCUACCCCCUCAUACCUGCAGCCUGGCGUUCAGAAAAAUCUACUGGUCUCUGGAUAGGGAAUAUCCAGCAAUCACUGAGCAAAGGAAAAAGAGGACUCAUCACAAAGUUCCCUUCAAUGCAGCUCCAUCGCCCCUCUAGAAGGCCCUGUACCACCAGCACACCUCCCACCAAUUUUCUGAGUAGAUGGAGCCAGGAGCUAUGUGCUACCAGAGAGGUAGCAAGAGCCGACUAAGCAUGGACUGAAUCUGUGUCAGAGGGAGCAGGAUGUGAAGUCAUAGAAAAAUAAAAGGAAACCUGCUGGGGCCUUUGUGAUUGGGAGAUGGGGAAUUCAAAUGUUCCAGAGGAAACUAAAAUUAAAGUUCACCAUCUGACUUAGUCAUUGCUGAUUCUUGCUGUUGGAAGAGCUCCAGCCUUGAAGAGAGAGACCUCUGCUUGAAGAAGAAGAAGGAGAAGAAGAGAACAGAGACAGAGCAGGGACAGCCUUGAGCCUAAGCCCCAGGAGAGGCACUUCCAGGGUCUGCACUGGGGAGUCACAGCUCAAGAAGGAAAAGUGGACAUUGUUGGGAAGGAGAGAAGAAGUCACAUGCAGUGGGCAGCACAGUCUGGUGGAGCAUCCCUCAACGCUUCUCCACGCUGGGGACAGCCCUUGAAGAGGCUUCUGAUUACAGUCUCCAUCCUAAGCUUCUGGAUCAAGCCAAUAUCUGCCAAAGGUGCUUCUGUCAGUGUUGUGCCAAGUCCACCCUAUGGGAGAAUGGGAAGCAACGUCACCUUGACAAUCCAUGGAUUCUCAGAGCAGGCUCUCAGCUAUAAUUGGUACAGAAAGACAACAGAGGACUCCAACAAGAUCAUUAGCUACAGUGUCCCUUCUAGAAUGCAGAUUCCAGCAGAUAUCCGGGAGAAGGUAUACCCCAAUGGCUUUUUGCUCAUUCCCAACCUCACCCUCAGUGACACUGAGCUCUACAUUGUACAAAUUGUUGAUUCCAGAGGUGUGAUAGCUGUAAUAGCACAAGGACAAUUGAGAGUGUAUGAUGAAGUUGCCAAACCCAACAUUGCUGUCAACAGCACCAACAACAGAGAGAAUGACUCUGUAUUCUUUACAUGUAGCACAGAAAACAAGGAAGAAAACAUUCUGUGGUUCUCCAAUAACCAGCCCCUGUCACUCAAUGAGAGAAUGAGCUUGUCCAGAAAUAACCAGACUCUCACCAUCCUGAGGGUGAAGAGGGAAGAUACUGGAUCCUAUCAAUGUCAAGCCUCAAAUCCAAUCAGUUCCAAUAGAAGUGACCCCCUCACUCUGACUGUGAUCUAUGGACCAAGCCACAUUGAGAUAUUUCCAAGGCCUGAGAGUGGGGAGAUUAAGCUCCGAUUCAAUGACCCACUAACAUUAGAGUGUCAGGCACUAUCUUAUCCAGCUGCCCAGUAUGAAUGGCAUGUCAAUGACACUUUGGGGUCUGUAUAUUCAGGAAGCAGUUAUAUCAUCACCUCUGCAUCCUGGGAACAUUCAGGAAAGUAUACAUGUUGGACAAGGAACAAAGUGACCAACUUGUCAAUCUCUGAGGACAUCAUUAUAAAUGUGAUUGGUGAGUCUCCAGGAGGGGCCAUCAUUGGCAUUGUGAGUGGAGUCCUAGCUGGAUUAGUUUUCACUGCCACCCUCAUCUAUGUCUUAUUCUUCAGGAAGACUAGUCAGUCCUGCUCUGACGGCUCACCUAAUGGGACUGAGGAAGUAUCCUAUGCCUCCAUAAACUUCAGUACCCAGAAAUCAUGUCUUGUGACUCAGUCUCCAAUGUCUAGGGACACCAUUUACUCUGAAAUAAAAAAGAGGUUUUGUGAUUCCGAAGAUACAGGAGCAGCUGCCAGCAGCCUGAGUCCUGGGACUGGGCCUGGGGCGAUCUGGGUUGGGAAGCCGGAGACCAUCUGGGGCUGGGGGCUGGCCAGGGUUGGAACUGGGGCGGAAGAGCAGUCUGGGUCAAGCAGGUCUGGAGCAGAUGAAUGGAGGCAGGAACAGGCAGCAGGAGUCUGGGGUGCAGUCAUGUCAGUCACUCUAAGUGUCCAAGCUGUUGGUUCUGAUUUCCGGGCAAUUGGGACAGAAGGACAAUUAAGAGCCUGUGGUAAGUGCGGCCCUUCCCCAGGCUGUGCAGCCAUUCCCCUGCCUUUCCUCCAUGUUCCCCAGCCAGGGAGCAGGGAUGGUCCAGAACAUGAGCCCUCCCUGCGGAGGGAAGACCUCCCCCAUCCAGACGUGCUGCCUGCUGGCCACAGGGGCCACCUGAGAGCUCGGAGGGCCCUUGCUGCAGAGGCCGCAGGCACUCACGACCUGUACGUCUGUGGCUCAGAGAGAGCAUCGCUGAGAACAAGGCUAGCCAGGCUCAGAUGCUGGCUCGCCAGCUGGGCCCAGCAGAGACCAAACCAGGCUGGCUGCUGCCCAGACACCGAAGAACCUUGGCUGCUGGGGCCACCUGGCAGGGAUGCUUUUGAAGGCUCCCAGAGCCUUGAGAGGGAACACAAGUGCACGACCUCCAUUGUCCAUAGGAAAGGCCAAGCUGGAGAGGCCCAGCCUUCUCUGCAGGGAAAGACUGGGGCCACCCUUCCUGCUGACUGCUCAGCGGGCAGACAAGACAUGUUCAAUGCAACCCCAGGACAUCUGGGGCUUUCUUCUGUGGUGUGCAUUUUGGUAAUUCUCCUGUGCAUCGGUGUGUGGCAGAAGGCAUUCAGUGGCUACGGGACAUUUCUGUACAGGGGAGACAGACCUGAAAAGGGAAAGAUGGAGCUUCCUGGGAAGGAGAAGGCGGUCAUAUGCAGAGGGAAGCAUAGGCUAAUAGAGAGCCCCUCAAAAGUUCCUCACAUUAUGGGCAGCUCCUGGAAGGUGCUCCUAAUCGCAGCCUCCAUCCUUAGCUGUUGGAUCCAGUCAACAUCUGCUCAAGAUGAUCCUGUUCGUAUUGUGCCCAUCCCACCCUAUGGGACUGUGGGCAGCAACGUCCUCUUGACCAUCUUGGGAUUCACAGAGAAGGGUAGCACCUAUACUUGGUACAGAAAGACAAGUGAGGUUUCCAAUGAGAUUGCAAGCUAUGAAUUUGAUACUAGAGUACAGACACCAGAAGAUAGCCGAGAGAAAAUACUCCCUGAUGGUGCCCUGCUCAUCCCCAACCUCAGCCUCAGUGAUGCCAGUAUCUACAUUCUGCAUAUUACUAUUUACAAAGUUGGAGUUGCAGUAUAUGAAGUAAUAACCCAAUUAAGAGUGUAUGAAAAACUGGCCAGACCUAACAUCACUGCCAAUAGCAUCAAAGUCAGAGAGAACGAGUCUUUGGUAUUCACAUGCAGCACAGAAAAUGAGAGGGCAAACAUUGUGUGGUUCUUUAAUAACCAGCCCUUGCCACUCACUGAGAGGACUGACACAUCUGAAAAUAACCAGACCCUCACCAUCAAGAGUGUGAGGAGAGAAGAUGCUGGGUUCUAUCAGUGUGAAGCCUGGAAUCCAAUUGAUGCCAGGAGAAGUAACCCUUUUAGCCUGAUGGUGAACUAUGGACCAGACACUAUCAAGAUUUUUCAGAGCCCUGAAAGUGAGAAGAUUGAAGUCCAAUUCAACAAUUCCCUGACAUUAGAGUGUCAGGCUCCAUCUAAUCCACCUGUUCACUAUGAAUGGCAUGCCCAUGACAGUUCUGAGCUGAUACACUCAGGAAGCACUUACACCAUCCCCCAUGCAUCUUGGGAACAUUCAGGAAAGUAUACAUGUUGGGCAAGGAACAAUGUGACCAAGUUAUCAUUGUCCAAGAACAUCACAAUCAAGGUGAUCGAUAAGUAUCUAGGAGGAAGGAAAGGCUCCUCACUGUCUACAGGGGCCAUCAUUGGCAUUGUGAUUGGAGAACUAGUUGGAAUUGUUCUGAUUGGGGCACUCAUCUAUUUCCUGUUUAUCAGAAAAACUGGAAGGUUCAGCAAGCACCAUCUUCUAGAGAAGAAGCAUUCAGCACCCAAAAAUGGGGAGGACACCACCCUUUAUGAGAAUACAGCUUGCCUAAAAGGCUCAGCAAUUCUUGCACAGGGCCAGAGAUCCUCCCCUACUUCGCCUGAAGUCCUGUCUGAGAGUCUCUAUGAGGCAUUGGACAUCACAGCAGAAGAUGGUUAUGAAAAGAUCAUUCCCUCAGAGAAUCCACAAGAUGAACGAAAAAGAAAAAGUUACUAGGGAUUUUAUGACUGUCCUUUUGCUUCUUUUCAUUAAGGAGGGAUCAGAGGCAUUUCUCAGGGGAGAGAUCUGAGAGAUUUAGGGCAAUGGGAAAAGCAAUUAGGAGAGGAGAAAAUGGCUGGAUUUGGAGGAAGGGAAGGCUUUCAGGAACCCAGGAACAUGCUGACUUCCCAGAAAAGACUGAGAGGCAUGAAAGAACUAGAUGAACGGGUUAGAAGCCAAGCUAUCUUGUGGGAUUCGUUUGGCUGCACACUCUGUUGCACUUCAUGGGCUUCAGCAUUUUGAAUGCUUUCAUGUUUUCUGGCCUUCUUUAUCUCCCUUAUCUAAAUUAAAGUCCUUUUAGAAAGUGCCAGGCUUAUUACUACUGAACUAAGAUGCAGGAGAUCCACCAUUCCUGAUAGUCCUGAGAUGUUGAAAUUCUCAGCUAAGAGCCCAUCCUCUUAUGCACCUAAGAUUUCAAGUAACCAGGAGCCUUUGCUUUAGAUAAUGUAAUCUGGAAGAUGGAUGGAAUCAUCUGGGCUUCCCAGAAGCAGAAUGUGGUCGAUAUUCCUAUAACGGACAAACAGAACUAGUAAUUCCAAUACAAUAGCAGCUGCAAGAACAAACCACUUAUGGGAGAAAGAAAUGCCAGCCAUGGGCUCUAAUGAUAGUGAUCCUUGGUGAUAUAGUGAACUACACCAAUGGAGAGCUUCACUCAGGGAGAAAAGGACUUCUAGUCAGGAGCUAGUUUCCUCCCAUUAGCUAUAGACCCCUUACUAUCCUUAAGUUUGUACUCACUUUUUCAGGAAUCUUGUAUUUAUAGGUGAAUGAACCCCAUUUGUUGUUGUUUUUUGUUUUGUGGCUGGGGAAUAUGUUUUAGACCAAAUUUUCAUACUUUUUCUUUUUAGUAAAUACCUUUGCUCCCAAUAAUUGUCUUUCUGUCUGAUUGCUAAUGGGAAGACAACUGGUGGGGAGUUCAUGAGAAACAGUGGUAGAAACCCUUCAGUUAUCCUCCUGAGAGACAAUAUUCUUCAGCUAAUGUCUGUUCACCCAAAAUUAUGAAUUAGGGAUGGGAGUCGGGUGAGAUGUUGGACUAUCAGGCUAAGAACUCAAAGAAUUCAAGGACAGAAAGAAAAGAGCCACAACUAUAUGAAUAUUUA